AAUCAAGCAGAUAUGUUACAUUGAGCGUUUCCAAAACAUGAUAUUUCAAGUCUAAACAAUAUUGGACGCCUGGACAUUGCGCAGAUAUUUUAGAUCAUUUUCUUAGGAUAAAGCUUACAAGAGACAGACAUGGCAAGUGUUGAGACUCCAAUUCAGGAAGAAAAUAUUGCUGUUGAGAAAUCAAACAGUUCCAGUACUGGCAUAAACCAAGAAAAUGAAAAUCCAAACAUACCUCCGAAAAAUCCUGAAAAUCAAUCCAUACCACUGCAAGAAAUAUCUUCAGGAGCACAGAAAAAAGAAAGCUCAGUUAAUGGUGCAUUCUCCAUGAAUGACGAAGAAAUCAAGGAAUGCAUUCCACCAGUAACACACCAUGAUAUUAUUCCUGAACUUCUCUUGAGAGCAGAAACUAAAGACCAAGCACCUCAGUACUCUCGAUUUGGGACACUAAUUGAUAGAGCAAAUCAAUGGUUAAAGGAGAAUCCACGCCAGAUGCUGUGGAAAUGCGAAACAGUUGUCUUUAAGGUUGGAUUAGAAGAAAACAUUGAUACAGAUCAUGUUUACUACAUGGAAUCAGCUUAUGGCUCUAAUAUAUUCCUAGCAGGUCUAAGAUUAUGGUUGGUACCAAGACCCUCCCCUGACAUUCCUGUUGAAGAAAUUGGGUACACCUCAGCUUUACCAGGACGACAAACAGCCAUAAUGCAGGGACAGUAUGAAUCUCGUAUCAACGUAUCAGAAGGGGUGAAGCUGUCAGAUAUGAUUGGAAAUCUAAACAAACAGAUAAUGAAGAACCCUCUGCCAGGAAAUAUUCUAAAUGUGGAGACAGUGGUAUACAGAGUUUCAACAGACUUUGGUGAACUACUGUCAGUGGAUCCAGAUGAAACUUGCUGGGCAGAACAUGGACAGAAGACUAGAACUGUCGUCCAUGGCUUGAGGAUUUACUACAUCAAAGGAAAACCACAAUAUGUCACUCUCGGUUUCCAUGACGAACAACCAGACGUUGCUGAUAAUUCAUUUGGAACAUCAAUCAAGUUUUUGCCCUUCAGAAGGGUUGUGGCAAAAAUGGGCAUGUUUCUAAGGAAGCAGAAGAACAUCAGAGUAUUGAAUCUACAGAGUGUCAAUGUAAAAUUUGUGAUGGAUUCAAGAGGUUUCAUGAAAAUUGAGCAUGAGGAUUGCACUAGCUCAGAACCAGCGCACAUUGAGACAAGAUACUGCAAAGUCCUCAGAACAUUUUUCCAGAUCAACGCCUCCAAAUCUGCAGAACAGCCCUACAAGUCCCUCAAUCUCUCCACCAGGCUGUUUGUCCCCGUCCGAGUGUAUGGUCGCGAGUUCGAAUCCUGGUCUAAGACAAUGAUGAGACUGACAAAAUGGAUGGACUUUGCAAAGGUGCCCCCCUUUGGUGUGGAAACCGUUCAAUACCAGAUUUACAUUGAUGGCUACAGUACACCUGUUCUGGAAGACAAGAUUGAUAUGUCUAUCAGACGAAAUAUGGGGCGUUACCAUCUCUCAACAAUCAGGAUGUACUUCCCUUCUGAGUAUGAGGAACCACCAACAGAGGUGUCGCCUGAAGUGGACACAGGAUAUGCUUCUUCUUGGGGAUGCUCCAUAUCAUAGGAUGGACCAAUGCAUUGUGGGAUUAAACUCACAAAACAGUAUCCAGACACAGUCAUAAUAGUAGGGGUUCCUGGGGACAUUUUUUGUCAGUAAACAACAGGGUAUCUCUAGUAAAUUGUUACAUUUUUUUUGCAUGUCUUAAACUAAUGAAGUCAAUAAUUAUACAUGUUUCAACAUUUUUUUCUAAGUCAAAGUGGUGUAGGAAAAUGAAUGUUUAAUAAAAUAAGCACAACCAGUCAAUGCACAGAUACUUGUUAUAUAGGUACUCUAUACACAUAUUGUCUCCUGAGAUUGUGAAACUUUGACUACAGUGAAAUCCGUCCAUUUUUUUUCCUGUCCUUUUUUUUGAAGGGGGGGGGGGGUUAUAAAAGAGGAACAGAUGAGUGAGAUAUUGUCAGAGAAAGCACAAUAGCAAAACCAUGAUUUAAAUGUUUGUGAUAAUUGUAGUCAGAUUUCUUGUCUUUGAAAUAAUUAUAAAAAUAAAACAAAAAACAUUUUUUUCCUCAAUUUUUAAUAUCAAACUUCUAUAAAAUGUCGAAGAUGUUUGCACAGGCAUGUAAAAAUUACCCAUCUGUUUGGGGUUUUUUUUUCUAAUCACAAAAAUGAAUCAUCACAAUUUAUCUUAGUAAAAUUUUUAUGUUGUACAUCACAUAUUUAAUGCUACAGUAGUGCUUUAUCCAUAUACAUUCAUGACGUCAAUAGGUUUUGUUUAUAGAAAUAGUUUCGACAAUAAUCAAGGUUUGACCUGUUAUUUUCACCUAGGCAUAUUUCAUGUGAAUUUGAUUAAAUGAUUUUUAAAAUUAAUAAUUUUUCCGAUAGCAGUUUCUCAAUUGCCAAAAGUUUUUCUUCAAAUAUUUUUAGCAAUGUACUUAAUUUUUCAGUUACUAAAUACAAUAACUUUGUGUCAGUGAGUGUUUAUGAAAUAUCACUGAAAUUUGAAAUGGUUUUAGUGCAAUGUGACAAGUGUUCAGAAUUGUGUAUAUUGAUAUUACAUGUUUACAUUUUUCCGUCCAAUAGGACUUCAAGUCUUAGAUUGUGAAUCAAAACAUUCCAGAGUCAUUUUGUGAUUUAACUAUUUGCACUUUGUAUUUGUACAUGUAUUACUAAUAUUGAUGUUAUAUUUCAUUCAGUUCUACAAAAUCCAUUUUUGUUGGGAUUUUUUUGCAUUUCAUUAUAAGCUCAAUGUACAUGUUGAAAGUUGCUUUUUUUUUAUUUUCGCAUGAUACAUAAUGGGAU